AUGUACAUCACUCUCUACUUCAUAGUCACCCGCCUCCCUGACUCUCUUCGCGCAGUCAGGGACCACUUUCUCGCCCUUGACCCCACAGACCUCACUGUCGACCUGCUCGAGAAGCACCUUUUUGCAGCUGAGACUAGCACAGUCGUCGCUGUAGGUGCUGCUCGUGGCACUCCUCGCACUCCCUUCUUUGAGGGGUGUUCCCCCUCCCCCCUUGCCCCCUCCUACGCUUCUGCUGCUGCUGUUGACUUCCUUGGUGCUGAGGAGGUCGGGGCUGCGUCUGCUCCUAGUGGGAGGCGCCGCAGCGGCAAGGGCACAGAAGGCAAGAGUGGUGGAGGUGGCGGCGGGGGAGGCGGUGGAGGUGGCGGUGGUGGCGGUGGGAGUGGUGGCGGGACUGGGGGCGUUGGUGGUGGCGGCAGUGGGAGUGGUGGCAGCGGCAGUGGUGGAGGUCGGGGUGGAGCCGUUCAGAGGGGAGAGUUUGGCGACGAGGCAGAGCUUCCCCAUUGGCUAAAGCUGCUUAGGUCUGGUGUUGAUAUCUUUGCUCUUGACUAUGACGCUAUCCUUGCUGCCAUGUAUGCUUUGACUGUUAGUGCUGAGGGUGACUGUUACCUGUGUGUGCCGCCUGACCCAGGUAUAGAGGCUGCUGCUCUAGGUGCUAGUGAGUCUACUCUCUCUGGUACUGCGCCUGCUGAGGCCUUGCACACCUUCACGCUUGACUCAGUUCUUGCACGUUCCACCACUUUUUUCCCGUGCCCGGCGGUUCCGUCUGGCUCACUGUCAGGUCUUCACCUCCCCUCGUUCUCUACGAACUUGGUGAGUACUGCUGCCCUCCAGGAUGCCAUGGUCACUACCACCACUAUUGGGAGUCAGCGUGUGGCGAUCUGCACGUGUGCACGGACGGGCCGUCACCUGGCCACGUUCACCCGUCGGCCUGGGUCGAGUCUGUACACACUGACUACUGAGUCUCCACAGGUAGCUGCUUCCGGUCAGGUGUCUGCGUCUAGUCAGGUAGCCGCCCCUGUUCGUGUCGCCUCCUCUCGCACCAGACUCUCCUUUGGCACCACCGCCUUGGUCACCCCUCCCUGCCACGCCUCCGUGGCAUGCACUCCUGCCUCCUUGUCUCUGGUCUUCCCAGGUCUCUGCCUCCCCUCCCACCCUCGCCUGCCCCGCCCUGCCUUCCUUGCGUCGAGGGGUGGCAGCGCGCCGCUCCUCACUCCUCCUCGUUUCCCCCGACGACUGCUCCCCUGCAGACUCUCCACAUGGACCAAGGGGGAGGUCCCUGAUGUCUUGAUCCCUUGGAUCCGCGCUGUCCGUCUCCAGCUCCGCGAGCAGUUCCGUACGGACCUUCCUAUCAUGCGUAUGCACUCUGACAGAGGUGGUGAGUUCUCCUCCGACCUCUUGCGGGACUUUUGUCGUGGGGAGGGCAUCCUCCAGUCGUUCACGCUUCCGGCCUCCCCGCAGCAGAAUGGGAUUGCUGAGCGCCGCAUUGGCUUAGUCAUGGAGCUCAACCUCUGGCCCCGUGUCUCCUUGCCGGAGACCUCGCCUACACUGCGUUGGACGGGGGAGGUUGGCGAUGCGUCGGUGUUCCAGGUCUGGGGCGCUCGUGCCUUUACCCGCGAUACCUCCGCGGACAAGCUCUCCUCCCGCGCCAUUCCCUGUGUCUUCCUUGGCUUCCCCCCUGACGCGCCUGGCUGGCAGUUUUACCACCCCACCACGCGCCGUAUUCUCUCCUCUCAGGACGUCACGUUUGAUGAGUCGGUUCCCUUCGACCGUAUUCUCCCCUACCGCACUGCCCCUCUCCCCCCCCCGCCGCUCUUCCUCGCUCCAGGUCCCCCUCCGCCUGUCGAGGUCACUGGCGACUCUGGUGCUGCUGGGGGUGGUGCUGCUCGGGGUGCUGCGUCUGGGGGUGCUGAGCCUGCGGGUGCGGAGCCUGGGGGUGCUGAGCCUGAGCGUGCGGAGCCUGGGGGUGCUGAGCCUGAGGGUGCUGAGCCUGGGGGUACGGAGCCUGGGGGUGCUGAGCCUGAGGGUGCGGAGCCUGGGGGUGCUGAGCCUGCGGCCGGCGGGAGCCUCUCUCACCACAGCAGCUGCGCGAGUGGUUUGCUCGGCGCACCCGCCUUCGGAGUGGCACUGCUGGAGCUAGAGGCACUGCCUGCCGCUGGAGGCGCUGGAGCUGGAGGCGUUGGAGCUAGAGGCACUGACGCUGUGGACACUGGAGCUGGAGGCGCUGGAGCUGGAGGCGUUGGAGCUGGAGGCGCUGGAGGUACUGGAGCUGGAGGUCCUGGAGCUGCUGGUACUGGAGGUACUGGAGCUAGAGGUACGAGAGUUGGAGUUACUGCAGGUACUGGAGGUACUGGAGUUGCUGGUCCUGGAGGUACUGGUGCUGGGGUUACUGGAGCUAGUGGAGCGGCUGGUGCUGGAGGCGCUGGAGCUGUAUACGCUGGAGCUGGCGGCGCUAGUCCUAGCGACCCUGAGCUGGAGGUGCUGACAUUGGAGGCACUGGAGCUGGCGGUACUGGUGCUGGAGGCACUGUGCAGCAGCGACCUUUGCACUGUUUGCCGUGCUCGUCGUGUUCCCUGUCCUCGUCCUCCACCAGUCCUCGGCACACACACUAUGGCACUUCGUCCUUCCUCUGUUCCGCAGCAUGUUGCUCUGCCGUCUCCUCCGGCGUCCUCUCUUCCUGACGUUCCGGACCCUGAGUCUGACUGGGUUCGUGCUGCUAGCCCUACUGUCACACGUCUCCUCGCCACUGUUGUCACUGACCCUUCUUUUGAGUCCACUGCUGCGUCUGCCUUAGUUGCUGAGCUUGUUGACUUUGCUGCUGCGUGUCGUCUAGACUACGCCGCUAGUCUUGUUGCUGAGUCUGAGUCUGUUUGUCCUCCGUCCGUCGGGGGUGAGUGUGCUCUUGGCACGGACGUCCUUGAGGACAGGCAGGAGGACUUUGAGUGUCUUGCAGCCACUGUACCUCAUCUCGUGGCCAUGCUGCUUGCACCUGAGGGAGACCCGGAUGCACUGGACAUCCCGACCCCGCGCUCUUACACAGAGGCGAUUACGGAUCCCCCUUCUUGGGCGAACAUUGUCGACUGCAUGUUGAUUUUCAGGGUGAAGCGGCCGUCAGGUUCUCCGCCUGUCUUCAAGGCUCGUUAUCGUGACUACGAGCUUCACUCUCUUGACUUCAGCACUGCUUUCUUACAGGGCAGCCUGCACGAGGAGAUCUGGCUGCGCCGUCCUCCUGGCUUCACUAGGUCGUUUCCUGAGGGUACCCAGUGGAGCCUCCGGCGGCUAGUCUACGGUCUCCGCCAGGCGCCUCGUGAGUGGCACGACACAUUGAGGACGACACUUGCGGCUCUUGGGUUUGCUCCUUCCACUGCUGACCCGUCGCUGUUUCUGCGCACUGACACUUCGCUGCCGCCGUUCUACAUCCUCGUGUACGUCGAUGACUUGGUCUUUGCCACUGCUGCCACGGAGGGACUGGCUCUUGUGAAUUCGGAGCUGCAGAAGAGAUACACCUGCACUGACCUGGGUGAGCUGCGCAGCUAUCUUGGCUUGCAGAUGACCCUGGACAGAGCGUGGCACACCAUCACCCUGACUCAGUCACACAUGGUGCACCAGGUCCUUCAGCGCUUCGGCUUCCGGUUCUCCUCGCCACAGUCCACUCCUCUGCCUACCGGUCACUCGCUCUCAGCUCCACCUUCGGACGAGUCCGUAGAGCCGAGUGGCCCGUUCUUGACAUUUUCGACACCACAUCCAUGUAGCGACCAACUGUUUAUAAAUAUUUUUUGCCUUUGUGCCCCGUUUUCGCAAAAAAAAAAAACAAAACAAAACAAAACAACAACAACAACAACAACAACAACAACAACAACAACAACAACAACAACAACAACAACAACAACAACAACAACAACAACAACAACAACAACAACAACAACAACAACAACAACAACAACAACAACAACAACACACAACAAGAGGCGACGAAAUCGACUUAGGGUUGCGAAGCGUUUUACGCAAUUGUAA